ACAAACUUCAAAAUAAAUUUCUCGUCAAAUUAAGCAACAUUAAAUUAAGAGAGUAGAAUUGAACUUUUAUAUUAUUGCAUUUAACUCAAUUCACUCUACAAUUUCACAACAAUGACACAGUGUAGCACACGGGAUAAAUUUCGUGUCCGCUGUGUAUUCACCUGCGAGCGCAAAAAUCAUAUUAAGGCCCAGAGUACGGGUGCGCGUGCGGCAUUCUUUUUCCCGGGUGGUGGCACCUACAAGGGCUACUGGCUUCGAAGUCAACAUCAUCGAUAUGGAGUUAAGGAGACACAAAAGCACCUUAUCUACGAUGGGGAGUGGCGGAAUGGUAAGCGCCAAGGGUAUGGAACGAUGCGCAACCGUUUGCCAAAUGGCACUGCCGAGAGAAUAUAUAUUGGUGAAUGGCAACACGACAUGAAAUGGGGUGAGGGAAAACAGUUUUUCCAUGACGGUGUCUACUAUGGAUGGUGGCAAAAGAACAGACGACACGGAUUGGGUGUUAUGUGGUAUAAAGAUGGUUCAAUUUACAUGGGCGAGUGGGAAGCAGAUGUAAAGCAUGGCGUGGGCGUACACUUCUAUGAAAACGGUAAUCGCUAUGAGGGGCAUUACGCGAGGGGAUUCAAAAAUGGCGAAGGUACAUUCUAUCACAUGCAUACUGGCCAGAUACAGAAGGGUAUGUGGGAGAACGAUGUGUGCAAGGCCUCGAUGGUUAUGGAUGAUUUCCGCAAUCAGGUGGAGAAACCAACACCGUAUCCAAUACCAAAGCUCGGUCUUGAGGAGCCAGAUAAAUACGUCUAUCAGUUGUUCCAGCAGUAUAUUCCCAAUGCAUUUAAACCAACAAAAUCAUUCAACGAAUUGAAGUGCCUUAUUUUUGCGCACAAAAUGAAAAACUUCACCAAGUUUGAACCAAAAUCAGUUACGACUUCAAAAUUUAAAUUCGAUGUCAAAUUACCUUGCACUUGUAAGGAAAGAGAAAAAUGAAUUCAAGUAAAUAAUAAAUGAGUGCUGAAAGCAAGAGAAUGAACAAAGGCAACAAUGAAACCAAA